CUUCCUGGUGGGCGUGUCCAAGAGACGACAGGAAGAACAGGAGGUCAAACGAGUAAGGAUGCGAAACGUGUGCACGUCUUCGGGAUAAAGUCACUGUUUAAACCACAUAAACGCCGGAGCGGAGGUACUUAAAGUGUCUACACGCUAAGGUGGUGGUAAUAGCACCUUUGAUUCAGAAAUACUUGAUUAAGGUUAGUCUUGCUAAAGUUAGCCGAUGCUAAAUGUCGCGUGUUCCCUGAUAGCAAGCUUGAGUGCAAUAAUGUGAUUGACAUUUGAGAUAAUCUUAUGAUAUAUACACGUCUCAUAUAAACAAUCGCAUGGUGCAUUCUGCAGCUUCUCGACUUGUUAAAAAGCUACUACUUCGCAACUUGAUUUGGAGGGAUUCAUCCAGCCUUUGGGACACUUACCGCCAUGUUUCAUUCGGUGCCCCGUCGUUUCACCUGCGAGAUCGGCGUCAGGACGUCCAGGCUGCAGAGCAAAAGGUUGUUCCGGCAGGCUGUGCAGGAGGAAGGCACGGGCUCGUCUCCGUGGUUGGGCAGGGUUACAGGCCUGCUCCUGUCCACCCUCCACAGGGCAGCUGUCCUUGUCGGGGAUACUGCAAGAUGUGGACAAAACAGGAAGGGCUUGCUGUCCAUAUUCAUGGACCACUGCAGUUUUUUGACCGGCCAGAGGCUCCGGCGUGCAUGUAAGAUCGGCGAGCUCUACUCCAACCUGUACUCUGAGAGGGCCAGGUGGACCUUGGCCGGGAGCAUGUGGCGCAGGUUCCAGAGCAAGCACCCCCCUACCGGAAGACUGAUUGCGGCCCUGGCGGGUAUUUUCAUGUGGGAAAAUGAGAAGAUUCAAGACGAGGAGAUGCACAGGUGUGGACUUGAGCUGCAAGCACUGGAAGUGGUGAAAAGGCAGAACAACAAAGUGGCCACAGGACACAUGGAGCCUGGCUGGGAGGUUGUGAUGGAGAAGAAGGACUUCAGAGUCUGGAAGCGGCCCAUCCCUGACAGUCACCUCUAUGAGUAUAGAGUGUUGGGCUCCUACAGCGACAUCACACCGAGACAGUUCUUCAAUGUGCAGUUGGACACAGAGUACAGGAAGAAGUGGGAUGCUCUGGUUAUCAAACUGGAAGUGGUGGACCGAGACGCCAACACAGGCUCUGAAGUUGUUCACUGGGCUACACACUUCCCUUAUCCUAUGUACUCAAGAGACUACGUGUAUGUGCGACGCUACGACGUGGACUUGGAGAACAACCUGAUGAUCUUGGUGUCCAGAGCUGUGCAGCAUCCCAGAGUUCCAGAGUCUCAGGACUUUGUGAGAGUUCACACGUACAAGUCCAAGAUGGUCAUCCGCCCGCACACGUCCUUUGAUGAGAAUGGCUUUGACUACCUACUAACUUACAGCGACGACCCGCAGACUGCCUUCCCUCGUUAUUGUGUGAGCUGGAUGGUGUCCAGUGGUAUGCCUGACUUUUUGGAGAAGCUUCACACAGCGGCUCUGAAGGCCAGGAACUUGGAAGUGGGGGUGUAUGACUAUGCCAGUGUCAUUAAAAGCAGUGACACAGGCCGCCAACAGAGCCAGGAGCGUCUGGCUACAGAGAAGAGCCACACUGGAGGUCCGGGACAGAUGUUUGCUUGAACACAUAUGGAGAUGGACCCACGGUGGAUUUGUGCAGAUGAAACCCUCCAAAAACCCAAAUAUUUUGGGUGUGGUGUGUGUGUGUAGGUUUUUUUUUUUGUAGAUGAAGAAAAGAAGAAUGGAUCUGAGCCCUGGCGUUCAUGCAAAAUGUGUGCUGUGUGUGUGCUGCAACACUGGUCCAUGGGAGAUGACACGGCCAAAUUGCUUUGUCUCGCUUUAUGACUAUGCUGUGGCAAACCUGACUAAAGAAGACAAGGACAAAUUUAACGGAUGUGCUUUUGCAGUAAUUACGAUAGAACAUGGCUGAUUAAUCUCCACACUGACUAAUGAAGGACUGAGGCCGCAAGAUUGGUUGCUUUUCACAUUUCUGCACAAGAAUAGCUUGCUCAUUUGACUGACAUUUGGGCUAUCAUGAUGACUUUUAGGGCUCUUGUGAAGCUAAAACCAGUCCUUCCACAGCAGGGGCACAGUGUCUUCUAACAACCAUUGAAUCCUCACACCAGUGGUACACAUGCACUUAUAAAUGUAUGUACUGCAUGUUUGAGAGUCUGUUUUUUGGGACACGGUGAAAUUAAAGGUUACCCCAUUUCAAGUCUUGUAGCAAACAAACAUCUCACACUGUUGGUCAUUUGUGCUACAGUCUGUUGUAUGUCCAUUAAAAACAAAAAAACUACUGGAAUAGCCCUAUCAUGCUAACUCACUGUGAUGGAAUUCUGCUGCUUUUUGUUUUGUUAUAUCAUCAAAGUCAUCCUCUUCUGAAUGUACACACAACGCCACCUAUAAACAAUAAAAACGUUUACAGCCUG